UCAGCUGUUUGGGAAAUGAUCAGCCAGCCGCCAAGUCAAAUGUUGAUGUUGGAGGAACGUCAGGGGAAUUUCCAGAGAGCCGAGGGGAGCAGGGCGUCGGGUAUAAAGCCUGCUGAAGGAGUCCUGACACCAGAACCCAACAUGUCUCCCUGCCUCCCGCUCCUCUGUGCUCUGCUGCUGCUGGGGCUGUCUGCGGACGCUUCCUCUGGGGGGGGUGGCACCACCUCCCACAGCUACGACCUCUCGGGGCCGGAGCUCAGGCGCCUCCUCAGCUCUCCGGUGUUCCAGGCCCAGCGUCUGAAGAGGCCCCUGGAACGAUUCACUUCCCGGUUCGGGCCCAUCAGCCACUCUGGAGUCAGAGUGACGCUGGCCAAUGGCUCCCAGUGGCUCGUCCAUAAGGGAGGGAACUACGGCAUUUCCUCCAACACCGUGGUGGUCGCCGCCCGGCACAUGAGCUCCGACUGGGAUGUCGUUGACACGGCAGAUUUCCAGGGGUUGAAGACGGUGUCUGACUUUGUGGCGGCCGGAGGCACCGACUACAGCCUCCUCUUCGAUAACUGUCACCUGGCAUCCCGGAGAAUGAUGAAUCAGCCAUAAGAUGAAGGCGACUCAUCACGCAGUGUCUCCUCCUGGUUUCUGUUUCCUCUCGCCUCCUGUUUUCAUCUGAAAUGAACGGUUGUUUAGAUCUGAGUCGCUAAGGUUUUCUGUAAGGCUUUUCCUGUUGCUGAUAUACACUUCAAUAAACGGGCCUCUGAUGAAGGGAAGCUCCAGAA